AUGUUGCUCGGCGACCACGUGGAUAUCUUGGGCAAUAUCGAUCUGAAUGAAGAUGUAGUGCGGAUUGCCUGUGGGGAGGCCCUGAAGGACAACUAUCAUUCCUAUAUCCGGGAGAUAGGUAAAGCAGCGCACAAACGGCUACAAGCAGCUGCUAGUAGACAAUUAAAGAGAAGGAGCAGGCGGCAGGACAAGACGCAACAACAGCCGCAAGCAGCUUCUGUGGGCGCCAGAGUGGCUGAGAAAGUGGCCGAGUAUAUCCCUGGUUUGUGAUCCACCGAGUCGGCUCAAGGGCCAGGCGAAGCAGCACACAAACGGCUACGAGCAGCUGCUAGUAGACAAUUAAAGAGGAGGAGAAGGCGGCAGGACAAGACACAACAACAGCCGCAAGCAGUUUCUGUGGGUGCCAGAGUGGCUGAGAGAGUUGCUGCCCGUGACUCCUUCCCUCCCCCGCUGGUUUGUACUAGGCUUAUGUGCACGCGUUGCCAUAGAGACGGGUAUAGCCCCGGGGUUUGUGGUCCACGCGAUUUGGCUCGAGGGUGGGGAUGGGUAAUGCAACUGCUGAGUGAGUGUCGGCUGUUACACCCGGAUGACCUAACGAACCAGUUCAAAAGGCAACGGACAGGGUUUUAGGGUUGAGGGUUUAGGAUUUCGCAGUGUUUGAAAAUGUAUUGGGCACUCAGCAACUCGCAUUAAGACGAGAGGUAGAGGACUCUAUUGGAUAUGAGGUAGAUAGGUCACCUAUGAUUGGUUAAGAGAGUUAUAUGACACAGAGCACCAGCCACGGGGUAGUGUGUUUAUGAACUGCCAAGUAGGGAAGAAGUGAUUUGUUGGCUGCUAAGAUGGGUCCUUAUAUAGUGCACGCACCCAUAUAUAGCGCAAGCGAGUAUUUAACCUUAGCUUGAAUUAUAUCCUGCGAGGACUACAGCAGUCAACCAUGGGGCGAGCAUCCUAAUGUGCAACGGGCGUUGAGAAUGCAUCCAUAUCCACACCCAUAUGUACAUCAAUAUGCACCUAUAUGUACAUCAAUAUGUACUCAUAUAUACAUUAUAUGUACCUAUAUGUACAUUAUAUGUACAUCAGUAUGUACUCAUAUCUACAUUAAUAUGUACUCAUAUCUACAUUAACAUGUACUUAUAUAUGACAAUUAUAUGUAUAUCAAUAUGUACUUUUAUGUACAUCAAUAUAUACUUAUAUCUACAUUAAAAUGUACCUAUAUCUA